AUGGUUGCAUCGGCGAUCUGCAUCAAGAUCAGGACUUCCCAGCCGUACAUUCCUCUGAUUCAGGGCCUGAGGAACCCGGGGAUGAAGAACCGCCACUGGGAGAUUCUUUCAGACCGCAUUCAGAUGAAGGUCAAGCCCAAAGAUAACCUCACCCUCUCUCGAUGCCUGGAGCUGGGCCUACAGAACCACAUAGAGGACAUAGCUCAUGUGGCCGAGGUGGCAGGGAAAGAGUACACCACAUUGAACAGGUACCUUAAUAACACAGUGAUUCAUGAAGUUGUGCUUGCCCUGGACAAGAUGGAAAACGAGUGGUCAACAAUAUUCUUUGACGUGUUGCCCUACAAGGAUACAGGCACCUACAUCCUGAAGAGCCCAGAUGAAGUCUCACAGAUGCUGGACGACCACAAUGUCAUGACGCAGAGCAUGUCCUUCUCUCCCUUCAAAAAGUCCUUUGAGGCCCGUAUCAACACCUGGGAGGGCAAAAUCAGAAUGACUCAGGACGUGCUGGAGGAGUGGUUGACAUUCCAACGCUCCUGGCUUUACUUAGAGCCCAUCUUCAGCUCGGAUGAUAUCACCCAGCAGCUGCCUGUGGAAGGAAAGAGAUACCAGCUAGUGGAUAGAACGUGGAAGGCAGUCAUGAAAAGUGCCUUUAAAAAUCCAAAGGUGAUUGAGCUGUGCCCAGAUUCUAGGCUACUAGAAAAACUGAAAAGGUGCAACGAACUGCUGGAAGAGGUCCAGAAGGGUCUUAGUGAAUACUUGGAAACAAAAAGAGGCUCCUUCCCCAGCUGUCACUGCUGUUGUUUUUCAGGUACUGAGUUUGAGGGAGCCAUCAUCGCCCUCUUCCAUCUCCUGGCCACCCGCACAGACAAGGUGCGCGCCCUGAGAGAAGCCUUCUACAGACAGAACCUGCCUAACAUCUUGAACCUCAUCGCCACCGUCUUCGUGUUUGCUGUGGUCAUAUACUUCCAGGGCUUCAGGGUCGACCUGCCCAUCAAGUCAGCACGCUACCGUGGUCAGUACAACACCUACCCCAUCAAACUGUUCUACACCUCCAACAUCCCCAUCCUGCAGUCUGCCCUCGUCUCCAAUCUCUACGUCAUCUCUCAGAUGCUCUCAACUCGUUUUAGCGGGAACUUCCUCGUGAACCUCCUAGGAACCUGGUCUGAUGCAACGAGUGGUGGACCUGCUCGAGCCUACCCUGUGGCCGGGCUCUGCUACUACCUCUCCCCUCCGGAGUCGUUUGGCUCGGUCCUGGACGACCCGGUUCACGCUGCCAUCUACAUCGUCUUCAUGCUCGGCUCCUGCGCCUUCUUCUCAAAGACCUGGAUCGAGGUCUCAGGAUCUUCUGCUAAAGAUGUGGCGAAGCAGCUGAAGGAGCAGCAGAUGGUGAUGAGGGGACACAGAGAGACCUCCAUGGUGCAUGAGCUGAACAGGUACAUCCCCACAGCUGCUGCCUUCGGUGGCCUCUGCAUAGGAGGGCUGUCCGUCAUGGCUGACUUCCUGGGGGCCAUUGGUUCGGGGACAGGAAUCCUCUUGGCUGUGACCAUCAUCUACCAGUACUUUGAAAUCUUUGUGAAGGAGCAGAGCGAAAUGGGCAGCAUGGGAGCACUGCUCUUCUAAAAAAUACCAACCUUCGGACACACAUAAGACACAAAGCAUCCACCCGCCCCCCACCAUUGUUUUAAUUUUGCAAUUUUUUGCAAUUUCGCACAAUCAGUUCAUUUUGCAGCUGGAAUAGGUUUUUUUUUUUCUCCGCUAUCUGUGUUUUCCACCAUUACUUUUUUAGCAGUUGAAACCGUUUUCCCAGCAGGCUGCCCAAGUCCCCACUGACUGUCUUAAAAGCUGAAAAAUGCCUAAAAGCACAUCAGUGUGAGGAGCUGUCUUUGAUUUACCCUCGGGCAUUGUUCAUCGCAGCAUGUUCAAGGAACACUAAGACAGGACGACGUGAUAGUGCUAAUUUUAAGCUGAAAGCACUGCCUGGACCUUUUGGGGGAGUUGAAAGAAAGCCAUGUCAGGUUCAUCUCAAAGUAGCAAUCAUGGCUGAGGUUUCUGGGAGCCUAUAGUAGGGUUUGAACAGUAUAAAUAAAAUAUGCUUGCACUCCUGAUGAGGUCUCUGGUAAUCUCAGACAAAGCCGUCUAUGGUUUUAUUUUUUGGAUAUUUUUAAUGAUGGACUAUGUUUAUAUUCACUCUGGUCUUAUGUAGGGCAAAUGUGUUUGUCCUCUGUCUGGGUCCUCAAAGGAAAGUGUGUGUCUGUGUCGUCAUGCUCUUUUAUUCCCAGACUGUAUUGCUGCACAAAAUUGCCGACGUGGUCGGGAUGAGGGUGGGUUUGAUAGGGAUGAGAAAGGGUUUCAUUUUGGUUUUUACUUUAUGUAACAGACAUUGUUAUUAAAAAAAAAACAAGAUUUUUUUCCAACAUA